CCUGCCGCUGGAGCCGGAGCGGAGCCGGAGCCCGAGCCGGGUGGGCCUGGGCACCUCUGGGCUUCAGGAUGUUUGCAGUGCAGCCUGGGCCUCCUGAACCCUCGUUCCCGGGGGGCCUGCCUGCCUCUGUGUCUCAACAUGACUAUGAACCAGACAGUAACUCCAACUUUGUGGCUAGCACCUAUGAUGCCAAUGAAAACUGGAGCCGAGGACUUGGUGGAGCCAGGGGUGGGGGGGGAGCUGACCCUCACGCAGAACCUGCCUUCCGUCCGCUCUGACAACCAGGCUGUUCUGGUCAAGAGGCAGCCCUCUGCCCAUGGGCUCCCAGGCCCCCAGUCUGAUGGCUUCUUCCUCCCUUCAGUAGGGGAGAUGCGCAGCCCACCAGAGGGGGCUGAACUUCCCACAGCUACAGGGCCCGAGCCAGAGAAGGGCGAUGGGGCGGGGGCUGCAGCUGCUGCUGGCUCCCCCUUAGAAGAUGUCGGCUAUGCCAGCAGCUCCCUGAGUGUAGAAAGUCCGGAGAGCAGCCCCGGUCCCUCCUGGGACACCCCCAGCCCCUGCCCCGGCCCCCCAGAGUCUGGCCCAGCCCGCGAUACCUUCCUCCCCACCGUGACCCAGGCAAUGCAGCAGCUGCUGGCUCAGGAGCGCUACAAGGAGCAAGAGAAGGAAAAACACCACGUCCACUUGGUCAUGUACCGUCGCCUGGCUUUGCUGCAGUGGAUCCGAGGUCUCCAAUGCCGUCUGGCUGGCCAGCAGGCCCGGCUGCAGGAGAGCUUUGACACGAUCCUGGACAACCGGAAGGAGCUCAUCCGAGGCCUGCAGCAGGGGCUGCCACCGCGACCUCAAGACAGAGGCUGAAUGCUUAUCCCCUGCCAUCCCCGACCCCCGCCUCCUCCCCACUCUGUGACCCUCACCCUGGGGCCAGCCUGUGCUCAGCUAUGAUCUGAGGGGGUGAUCGAUCCCCUCUGGGGGCUCUCCAGGCCUUGCUUUUCCUCCUCCUCCCUUUCAUCCUCCAACUGCUUCUUAGGAAGGCUCCUUGCACCACCAUACUUCCCUGCUGGGUGGUUUAUGGGUGGUGGUGGGCCGUACUUUCAGAUUAUCCAGGAUUUGAGUAUAGGUUGUCCCUUCCAUCACCUCCACAGUAAAGAGAUGAAUCAGCUGUGGUAGCCCUGCCUAGAAUGAUAGAUGGUCAGAACUGGGAAGGCCCUUAGACACCAUCUAACUCAAACUCCCCAGUGGACAGAUAGGGAGGCUUCUGCCAGAAAGGGAAAGGAACCUGCUCAAAGUCUCAUUAGAGAGUUGGGAACAGAGCUAAGAUUAAAAAGCAGGUCUCCUUGUUCCUGGCCUUGACUAGGAGCUCUGCCUCCUCGACCAGUUCUUUACCUGAGUUCUGACCCCAAAACCGCCUGAGAAAAUGGUUAUCAGUCAUGUUUAUUUAUGACUCAUCUCAAUAAAAAGGAAUGUACAUUUAUAAG